CUGCUGUGAUGUUAUGAAAGCAGAGCAGUGGGUGUGACGAGCGGGGUUCUGCGGCUACAGACUCACAAACGGAUCCACUACACUCUUUAGCAAUGCUUCGCAUCACCUCUGCCACCCUGUACACCUGCUCACAGAGGGUGAGGCUGCUCCUACCUCCUUCAGCCUCCACCUCCACUGAGACCUCUCCCAGCAAAAGAGUGGAAAACCAGCGCACAGUGGACUCCCUUUACGAGCUUUCAGUGGACAUUCGAAAGGUCCGCAAGUUCAGAGGCUGGGUUCUGUCUGAGUGCUCUGCGUAUGUCUCUGAGACCGCUGACUUGCUGAGAGACAUGGGUGCAGACACAACGGCUAUCGCCCACAUCCUGGAAACUCACCCUGAGGCUAUCCUGUGUCGCCCAGAGGACGUCGUCACACAGCGAGACCUCUGGUUGUCUGUCUGUCCCAGCAAACGUCAGUUGAUGAACAUUGUUGAAAAGUUCCCAGCCUCCUUUUUUACACUUACUCACCAAGGUAACCAGCGGGCCAACAUCCUGUACCUCCAGAACCUUCGCCUUAGCAAGAGGAUCAUCAGCAAGCUGAUGGCCAGUGCCCCGCAGAGCUUCAGUCAGCCUGUGGAGCGCAACCAGGAGGUCAUCCACACGCUGAGGGAGAUCUACCUCGACCUGGGUGGAGAGGAGAGGAACCUACGUGUCUGGCUGCAGAAGCUUCUCAGCCAGAACCCUUACAUUCUGCUGCAACCAGCUGAGGCUUGGAGGGACAGUCUGGGCUUCCUGAGGGAGAAGGGGUUCACCACGGAGGAGCUCCUCAGCCUGGUCUCCAGUCUCAGAGCCUCCAUCGCAGAGCUGAAGCCUGAGGACAUGCAACGGGCGAUGGACUACAUCGAAGCGGCUCUCUGCUGCUCUAAAGACGGACUUAAGCAAGUAGUGAUCCGCUGCCCUGCCGUCUUGUACUACUCCUUGCCCACCUUAUUGGGGCGGUUUCAGGGGCUGAUGGACGCAGGAGUGACGAUGGAUCAGGUGAAGGAAUCUCCAAAUGUACUCGAGCUCACCACGCAGAUCGUGCUGUAUCGUAUCCAGAAACUAGCCUCCUACGGAUACGACAUUCGCUCCGGCAGCCUGGCCGUUAUUGUGGGAACAAAGAAGGACUUUGAGGCGAGUUAUGGCAAGCUGCAGCUCAGGCAGCAGAGGCCACUCUUCAACCCUGUGGCUCCUCUGAAAUCUGCUGAGGAUUGAGUGUCGGUGCGCACCUUGUUAUGAAAUGUGGUUUACUGCUUCAGCUUUGUGCAAGGAAAAUAAGAAAAGCCAGGCAAAUUAAAAUCCCACAAAAGGCUGAAGACUGUUCAGGAAAUAUGACACUAUCUGUAAAAGUUUCCAGUUUGGGAAGUGCCUGUUGUGUGUGUGAAACAGCUGCUUUUCUUCUCUGAGAGAAGACUUAAACUGCAGCACAGAGUCUGUACGGUUUUUAACCCUCAGCUGUAAAAGGCUGAUGGGGUGUUGUCGUCACCCAGACGGGUGGCGUGGAAACGCAAGUUUGUGAAUGUGAUAACUCAAGAACCAGGCCAAGUAGGCGCUUCAAAUUUAUACCAUAGGUGUAUCUAUAAAGUCUAUUCAGUGGCCUCAAGGUUAGAGGUCAAAUUUUCUGAAAAUCUUGUGAAUGCAAUAACUUGAGAACAAGGUGAUGUAGGAUUUUGAAAUAGAUAUCACAGGUGUGUCUCCUUUGGAGGAUGUGUGUGAUAGGUGUUGUAGUAGUUAAGAACGGUGACAGAUUCUUUGCCUUAACAGAAGUCCAUUCAUUUUUCUCUGGCCAAACAAAACCAUUUUAUGCAUGAGAAAAUAAAUUAUUUAAAAAGUGUUUUUACUAUUUUGGUGAUUUUUUUGUUUGUUUGUUUGUUUUAUUUUUUUGCUCUUUUGAGGGAAGGCCAAGACUUAUUUUUUUUCUUUAAUUGUUCAUUGAUAGUGAAGCCGUGGCAUGCAGGCCUACCAGAUACCGCUGGUAUCGUUUGACAACCAGUGGAAAAAGAAAGGGAGGGUGGGACAUGGAAGUGAGGAUAAAAGGUUGUAUGCUUGUUUGGAAAAUCAAGCAUUUUCGUUGUGGCUGUAAGGGGAGUGGUCAGGAUGUGGUCCACCUUGUGAUAUUUGGAUAAAUUACCUCCAAGAUUAAAACAGCAUCAGAUGGUCUUUAACCUGCCAGCUCACUAAUACAAAGUCCACAGUGGUUGCACUGAUAUGCACCAGUGUGAGUGUAGAGAAAGUGAGACUACACUUAAGCCCUAUGCAGUGUCUGGGCCGCGGGUUCAGUAGGUCAGACUUUUACUGGCUACCAAAUAAAGCCACAUAUAAAUCUAACACCUUACCUGUAGUGAGAACACUGACAAAGUACACUCACUGACCACUUUAUUGGGUACACCAAACAAACAAACACCCCCCCCCAAAAAAAAAAAAAAAAAAAACCAACAGCAGCCAACAUGUCUUACCAUACUCUUAUCAAUUAUGGAUCCCCAACCUCCUCUUAUAACAACUAUGCUCUGUGCUGAGUCUGCAUAAUAAAUGGUUUGAAAAACUUUAA